AUGGAUCCUGCUCGCUUUUAUGGCUCCUAUAAGCACGUUAAUCCUAUACCUGGUGAAGGCUUAUUAAGUGAUGAUGAAUUAGCUUCCGACUCUGAUAGUGAAUAUGUUCCUCCUAGACAAUUUCAACGUCACAGAAGAUCUCUUCUUAUCCCCGAAACAGAUAGUGAGUCCUGUGAUGACGAAUCUAACCCUCCAUCGGCCACACAGAAAAUAGUGAAGUCAAAAAAGAAUAAGCCCACUAAAAUCAAGUGGGAAUUAAAAAACUUAGAAGCUUUUGAUGUAAAUAAUUUCAAAUUUACAGGAGUCACACAGUUACCAGAGUUUAUUGAAAAGCUUGAAACACCAUCAGAUUUUUUUCUAUUUUUAUUUUCUGAAGAUCUUUUACAAAAUAUAACUCAUCAAUCCAAUUUAAAAUCUGUUCAAGACAAUGUUAUUAAGCCUGCUAACAUAAGUAAACAGGAAAUAGAACAAUUUAUUGGCAUGGUAAUUUUUAUGUCUAUAGUGAAAUUACCUGCAUCACGGCAUUACUGGAACAAGACUAUAGGACAGACACAAAUUUACGAAACUAUGGCCUGUAAUAGAUUUGAAACGAUUAAAAAAAAUUUACAUUUCAAUGACAACGAUAAUUUUAUCCCGUUUGGCAAUCCAGGUCAUGACAAGCUAUUCAAAGUACGUCCCCUUCUAAAUGGCAUUAGGCAGCAACUUUUAUUAGUACCAAAAGAGGAAUAUCUAGCAGUCGAUGAGCAGAUCAUCCCAACAAAAGUUCGACAUGACCUGAAACAAUAUAACCCUGCAAAGCCUCAUAAAUGGGGAUAUAAAAAUCAAGUUCUUAGUGGAGUUUCAGGAUUCAGUUAUGAGUUUGACAUUUUUGCUGGUGAGCAAAGUAAUACACGUCCUGAAGGCGCACCGGACUUGGGUGUUAGCGGCAAUGUUGUGACUCGUCUCACCGAAACUGUACCAAGACAUGUAAAUCAUAAGAUCUUCUUUGACAAUUGGUACAAUAGUCCUAAACAGAUAUACCUUACAAAGAUCGGAUUUUUACCUUUAGGUACAGUGCGUCUGAACAGAGUUCCUAAUAUAGAUAUGCCACUGGAAAGGGAACUAAAAAAGCAAGAACGUGGAUUUAUGAUCGAAAAAGUUGCUACCAUUGAUGGAGUUUGUGUAAGUGUCGUUACUUGGUUUGACAAUAAACCAGUUCAUAUGCUUUCGACCUAUGUAGGUUGUUAUCCAACGACUACAAAACGAAGAUACUUUAGAAAGAAAAAACAAUACAAAAACAUUAACUGUCCUCAAGCUAUUGAAGUAUAUAACCAGCACAUGGGGGGCGUUGAUUUACUGGACUCUAUGCUGGGUCUGUUAGAAUUCACUUGA